AUGGAAUUACUUAACAAAAAACUUGUUACUCUACUUGCUCUUUGCACGGCACAAAGAGUACAAACAUUGUCAUUAAUAAAAUUGAAUAACAUUAAUUUUUAUGCAGAUGGAAUUAAAAUAAUUAUCACCGAUCAUAUUAAAACUUCUGCAAUAAAUAGACAACAACCACUUCUUUGGUUACCGUAUUUUAAAAGCAAUCUAUCUAUUUGCCCAGCUAGUGCUAUUAAAGAUUAUAUUUCCCGUACAAAAAGCUUAAGGAAAACUAUUAAUGCUGAUAAUUUAAUUUUAACUAGUAAAAAACCAUAUAAACCUGCUUCAUCCCAGAGCAUUAGUCGUUGGAUAAAACAGGCGCUUUCUGAAAGUGGCAUUGAUAUUUCUGUGUUCGGGGCCCAUAGUACGCGACAUGCGUCCACCUCAUCAGCUAAAGCUGCAGGUGUGGGUAUAGAGAUACGAGCCUUCGCCCGGCCGAUGUUUUUGGACAGUCGGCCUAAGAAGAUUUUGUACGACGCGUUGACAUUCAUCACGACGCGGGUCGCCAUGACAUACGCCACAGUGCCAUUCGUUCUGUUGCAUCUCUCACCGAGUCUCGUGUUUUAUGGAAAACUAUACUACUCCUUUCAUUUCAUCGCUCUGGGUGCAUUAUUUUUGCCGGCAAAAUCCAAGUCGCAUGUGUGUUUACAAAAUUCUACAAAAGAAGUUUCUAAACCGAAAUGUAAUGGGGACGUUAAUGGAAAACUUAAAACUACC